GGUCGGACCAAGUGAGCGGAAGUUGUGUGCCGUGCUUACCGAGGUCAAGUGGAAUUGGACGGGCUCACAAGGUACGUUAAGGAUAAACACCGACCACUGUGUCAUUGAGGAUUGUCGAGUAGCUCCUGUACAUCCCAGUCAUGGCUAAGAAGAAGCGACUUCGCCUCAUAGCAGAAAUGGCUCGGAAGAUCCGCGCGUACCGAGAGCUAAAGAACCGGCCGCGAGAGUCCCAAAAGUACGCACUGGACUAUGAGACAAUGAGGCGGCCGCACACAGGGAAGAUGCUGCCCGUGCUGGCCUGGCAGGAUGUCCGCAGGGAGACUCGCCUCUUCUCCCUGCUGGCAGGCAUGAGGAUGUUCGGAGUGGGUCGCCUCUUUACCCGCAAGUCCUGGCUGGAGGACCACACAGAGCCCAGCUACUGGCAGAUCACCAAAGUCAAGGUGGACUACACAUCUGAGAACAUGGAUCAUGGCAAAGCAUGGGGGAUGCUCACCUACAAAGGAAAACAGGAGAGCGAGGUUAAGGAGGUGGACAAGGUGAUGUACCACGACUGGCGCCUGGUCCCCAAACACAUGGAGCAGCAGUUCAAGAGCUGUGAGCCGCACCCUGAGCCACCUGUGCGCUAUGUCCCGUACCCUCCCCUGCUCCGCGCCAUGUUGCUGGCCCAGCACAGGAAAACAUAUGGCAGCAUACUGGCAAAGGAGCUGGCCUUGCCUUUAAAGAGGGACAUUGUGCUCAACAAAGACUAUUUCCGCAGGCAGGAACAGGAAAGGCAGAAGACAGAAGGGACAGCAGUCUGAUAGUGGUGGUUCUGAAACUGAAAGUCUUGGACAUUUUGGAGAAAGUCACUGCUAACAGAAGUCGUAAGUUCUUCUGUCCAAGUACACUGGAAGCCCUUGCCUCAGUGUCCCACUAACUCCUGGACUCAAAUGAGUUUUCUGCCAUUUCCAUCUGAAGCAAGCCUCCCUGUAUGUAAUAUGUAUCUGUGUAAUAUGGUUAAUAUUAAAUUUGAGAUUAAACAUAGCUGCUAUCA